AUGGCGGCGAUGGACCGAGCUGCCGACGAGACUUCCCCUUUGGUGGGAGCAAGAACUUCUGACGAUGCUGACGUGGACUCGAUAACCUUUGUGAACGGCUCUGGAAGCAUCACUGGAACUGAAGAUUCUCCUGAGAGGCCUGAGACGAAGAGCAGUUGGUAUCUGUUCCUCUUGACUCUGAGUAUCGGCGGGCUUCAGGUUGUGUGGUCAGUUGAGCUAUCAAGUGGCUCGCCCUACCUUCUGUCACUUGGAAUGAGCAAAGCUCUUCUUGCCUUUGUUUGGAUUGCAGGCCCGAUUACUGGGACCUUGGUGCAGCCGUACAUUGGGAUCCGCAGCGAUAACUGCCGUAUAUCAUGGGGUAAGAGGAAGCCCUUCAUGGUAGUUGGAGGCGCAGUGACGAUUGCGACUCUUCUUGCGCUUGCUUGGGUUAAAGAGGCCGUGGGCGGUAUCUUCGCGGUCUUCGGCGGAGACUCAAAGUCAGAGGGAGCGAAGAUAACGGUCAUUGUUGUUGCCACCAUGAUUAUGUGGUGUUUAGAUUUUGCGAUAAAUACUGUCCAGGCUGGCAUUCGGUGCUUCAUUGUGGAUAAUGCCCCGGCGCAUCAGCAGGAGUCUGCUAAUGCUUGGGCCAGCCGAAUGACCGGCGUAGGGAAUAUCAUCGGAUAUAUUCUCGGAUAUAUCAACCUACCAAAGUUAUUCCCGUUUCUAGGACACACCCGGUUUCAGAUCCUGUGUGCCUUGUCAUCGAUUUCGCUAGUCGUGACUCUCCUGAUCAGUUGCUCAUAUAUCCAGGAACGUGACCCCCGUUUAGACGGGCCGCCACCAUCAGGAAGCAUGGGUGUGGUUGGCUUUUUCAAGCAAGUCUUUAAAUCGAUCAAACAUCUACCACCUCAAGCUACCAAGGUCUGCGAAGUGCAGAUUGCUGCAUGGAUAGCAUGGUUUCCAUUUCUCUUCUACGCAACGACGUACAUCGGCCAGCUCUACGUCAAUCCUAUUUUUGACAAACACCCAGAUCUUUCAGAUUCUGAUAUCGACAAGGCGUGGGAAAAGGCGACAAGGGUUGGAACAUUGGCCCUUCUUAUAUAUGCAUUGGUCUCGUUUAUUGCCAAUAUAGCCCUUCCCGUUUUCGUUGUCCCGACAUACAAGCCCGUGAUCUCUGACGACAUCAGUGAGACGGGCAUUCGACACGAGGCAGAGCCUUGUCUAAGAGUCGAAAGGCAAUCCAGCACAGAUAUCGAAGUAGGGCUGGUCUCGGAGCUCCACCCGGAGGUCUUUCGCGGCAAAGCACGGCGUUCAGCAAAGCGCAAGGCGUGGUUGUCGAAGUUGCAGAUUCCUGGUCUCACCUUGCGUCGGACUUGGCUUCUUUCGCAGAUGCUCUUCGCCCUGUGUAUGUUCAGCACGUUCUUCAUCAGCUCAGUUGCUGCUGCAACAAUAGUAGUCGGUCUAAUCGGCAUAUCAUGGGCCCUGACGCUAUGGGCGCCAUUUGCUUUGAUCUCUGCCGAGGUGGCGACUCUACAAGAAGAGCGCCGAGUCCGACGCCGCAGGUCAGAAAUGGUGACGUUUGAUGAGCAAGCAUCAGCUCGCCGAGAUCGCGGUGCAAAUGAGAAUGAGAAUGAAGGAGAGACUGGCUCCUCAAGGUCUCCGAAAGCAGCGGAAGACGAAGAUCUGGCACAGGCGGGAAUUGUCCUUGGGCUUCAUAAUGUAGCCGUGUCAUCACCGCAGGUUCUAUCGAGCCUGAUUUGCAGUGCCAUCUUCAAAGCAUUCCAAAAACCACGGGGAGAGCCUUACGAUGACAGUGUGGGAUGGGUUCUGCGGUUUGGUGGGUGUGCUGCACUGCUGGCGGCUUGGUUGACCAGCCGACUUUCGGAGGGAACGACGGGGAAGAGACAGAAAUAG